AUGCGUCGGCGAAGCAGCACACCCGACUUGUUCCUCAACGUGGAAGCAUUGCGCGCGCUGGAGAGGUGUUUCUCCAAGCACGGCGGCAGCGGUAGCCGUGAGGAGCUGCCGGAACUGCUGGACUUCGUGUGGAAGCUCCUCACGGAGAUACACGACAGACGGAAUAACCUGUCUUUCCAGGCGAUGGUACACUUGAUGAAGAGCCUACUGGUGGUGCUGCCGGCGCUGGGCUGGCCAGUGCGUGACCCGCGGGUCGUUUCGAACAUCGCUUCUCGCCUGGCGGCGGCAGCUGAUGACGAGCAGAGGCUUAGUCCCUUUGGGCUGCCCUUAAAGGAGCUCUGUGGGGCCUUCCGGUUGCUGGCGCAGCUGGCGCAGAUCGCUAAGACCCGGCAGCCGAUGCCUGAGACAGUCCGCGCCUGGGCCGUGGUGCUGCAGAAAGCAUCAGAGCAUCUGCAGUUGGUUGUCUUUGAUGGGAGCGGCGUGUCGAGGCGGGUGGGGCAGGCGGAUUUGGAGGCGCUUGCGGCGGCGGUGGAGCUUACCACGAUGUACGAGCUGGCGGCGCCGGAGGCAUUCAUCAGCGCUUCCACGCAGCGUGUUGACCAGCUGGUAGCGGCGGCUGUGGCGCAGCGCCAGGCGGCCGGGAAGGGCGGUGAUGUCAAGGGUGUUGCCGUGGAGGCGGAGGCUGCGCGUGAUGGUGGCCGGCGGGGAAGCAGUGGACGUGGAAGCAGUGGACGUGGUCGCGGCCGCAGCGAUCGGCAGCCAGGCCGCAGAGGAGGCCGUGAGUCUCUAUCCUCCGCCACAUGGAGGAAGCCGUCGGCAUCAGUAGAAGAUUCAGCACCUGCAGAAGCAGCGCGAGCAAGUGCGGUGGUGGAGGGUGCGGUGGCGGUGGAGGCACCUAGCGCCGAUCUGGACGUACCCGCCCUGGCUCGUGUCCUGGCGGCUUGGUGCCGCACGAAACCCGGCCGGCCGGCCCCUGAGGCGUCCUGGCUGAGGCGCCAUGCAGAGCUGGUGCUGCGGACGCAGGAUCCGGAUACCCCGAAGCGGCUGAACGCACUCAAGCAGCAAUUAGCGGAGCUGGAAGGCAAAUUGCAUGGCCUGGACAAGCAGGAACGAGCACAGCUGCAGAAGCAGAAGCAGGAGCAACAGCAGCCAGAUGCGGAUAUCCAGGGUGCCGACAAAGGCUCUGCGAGUGGCAGUUCGAUGAGCGGCAGCCGAGGCCGCGGCCAGGCCAGGGGCCGAGGUGGCGGGCGCGGUGCUCAUCCACGGACCGAGCCUAGACGGGGCGCCGCACAGUCCCCGGAAGGUGUUGGCCGGGUUGCCGAGGGACUGAAGGCCAAAAUGAGCAAGGUUAGGGCCGAGCUGAAGGCUCUGACUACUUCAGGUGGGAUGCUGCAGCAGCUGGCGCCCCUGAGCAAUAAGGACGUGGUGACCUUGCUGGUGGCGCUGGCGAGUCGGCUUGGUGAGGAGGCGGGCGCAGAUCUGGGCAACUUGGCGGAAGCGGUGGUGAAGGCGCGUAUGAGCCGCAACUUGGAGCCGCCCUUUCUUGUGCAGGCGACAGCCGCCAUUGCCAACAUGGGCCAUGUCCCGGAGCCGGCGUUUCUAGCCGAAGGGUUGAGAGAAUUGAUGCCCUUCCUGUCCAAGCUCGACCAGAAAGAUGUCCUACAGCUCCUGGAGUCGUGGGCUCGGUUUAACUUCAUACCUGGCCGAAGCCACAAAGUGGCGGUGGCAGAGCACAUCAUGGAGGCGGUGGAUGCACACGGCGGCCUGGGCGAGGCUCCGACUGCGCUUAUCUGUCAGCUGUGUCGUUCCUUCGGGCAGUGGGAGGUGCCCUUCCAGAAGGGGCAUCUCGUGUCGCUGCAGGUGGUGGUGGAGAGACGGGUGCUCAUGUCGCUACCGGAGGAAACGGUCUCGGGCCUGGGGGCGCGGGCGCAGGUGGUCAGGUCGUCCUCCUCAUCCUCCGCGCCCGCGAUGAGCCUGGACCACCUGCUGUACGACGUGUUGCUGCCACUCGCCCGGCUGCGUCAGGGCUUCAAGAAUCCGGAGAUGUUCACGCAGGCGGUCGGGCACUGGUCGACGCAGGGCUUUGUGGGCCUGGACGAGCGCAAGGCGGCUUUGCUGCUGAACGCAUAUGCGCACAACACGACGUGGCCUGCGGUGCCUCAGUUGCGGGAGAGGUUACACGAGCUUCUGCACGCGGCUCUCACCUUGGGCUCCAGUUGCGCAGCGGACCUAUCCGUGCUUGUGCUCGCUGCCAGCCGGGCCAUGCGGGUCAUGGCGGACAAGAUGCAGCGGCCGAAGGGCAUACCUGUGCUGGACGUGACCGACCCACGGGUCGCACUGCUGGUGAUGCCGGCCGUGGACCGCCUGCUACAGCUCGAACCCUCCGCACAGCACAUUGCCCGUGCUGCCCAGGGCCUCUUCGUGGAACUGGAAUGGCGCGGAGAAACGCAUACACGUGCCGCGGUCGGCAACCGUAGUAGUGUUGAUAACGACCAACCGGCGGCUCCCGAGGCGCUAGCGCUGCUGGUGUGCAUGCUGGAGGCGGCUGACCGCAGCCUGGAGACCUGCAACUUACGGAGCUACGGAUACCUGCUGGCCGCCUGCAAUGCCAUGAGAUACACGCCGCGCAAGACAUGGCUUGUUGCCCUGUAUCGGGCAGCUGAGGCGUCACUGGGCAGUAGGGGGAGUCCCCCGGUGGAUGUCCUGGUUGGCUUGCUAAAUGGCAUGACAGGAGUUGAUUACGGCUCCAACUCUGAAGAAGGAUCUGCGGCCGGCGACAACGACGCGGAUCCUCGUGCUGCUGCUGCGGCGGCUGAUGAUGGGGCUAACAAUGAGAAUAACAGAGAAGAUGAUUUCAACAAGGCAAAGCAGCCCUUGCUGCUCAAGUUGGCUGUGGCUGUGUUGGCGGAGCCAGGGGCAUUGCAGGCUCUCACAAGGAAUCCCGACGACCUGGCGAAAGCUGUCCGGCAGCUGGCGGUGCUGGGUCUACAUCCGGAGCCCGACUGGCUGGCCAGGUACACGCAGCUCGCGCAGAGCUUGUUGAGCUCUAUGUCCCUGAAGGGCGUUACCCAUGUGGCCGAGGGGUUGGCGCUCAUGAAUGCCCAGCCGUCGCAAGUGCUGCUGGACACCCUCAUUGUGCGGGCGGAGAGGGACCUGCGAAGCCUCUCAACGUACGAUCCCUUCCUGUGUGGCCUGCUGCUGGGUAGCAUGCACAAGAUGCAGCAGAACAUUUACCGAUCCACGCAGCCGAGUUCCUUACGGCGGUGGAGGGAAGAAAUGGAAAAACAGGCGGACGGGGAGCUGCAGCAGCAGCAGCAGGGUCAGGUGUUGGAGGAGCGUUUGAGCGGGGCAGCGAGGGAGGCCUGGGGCCGCGUGCACAUGCAGUUGGUGACGGAAACCCGCAAGGGAACCGGUAUCUUGUCGUUCAGGCCGGAGCAGCUGGUCCUUUUGGCCAGCGCUGUGGCCUCACACGAGCUGACCAGAGCACAAAACGGCUUUGGUGGAAGGGGCGGUGGCGGCGGCCAGGGCGGCGGCGGUCGCGGCAGGACCGGUGCCGCUGCAGUGCAAGACCUGACCGGCCGCGUGACCGUGGAAUGGUUACAAGACUGCACAACAGGCUUGCUGCGUGGCCUUCCACCAUCUUGGGGCCACGGAGGGCCUAGCGGCUUCUUGCCGCCGGCGGAGCUGCUGAUCAACUUGCUGCGUCUGACGUCACAUGUGCUGUACGAUACCAGGCCCAACACCGUUGCACGGCUCCUACCGGUUCCAGAGGGAACAAGCAGCGCCGAGUCAGAGCUGAGAGUGACGGUUACCACAUACGUGCGCCGUGCUAUGUCACUCCUCGCUCAAAGGUCCGGCGAUGGCAAUAAUGGGCCGAUGGUCAGAGGCCGCGGUGGCGAUCCAGCCUUUAUCACCGGCGUCGAGUGGCAUAGGCUGCUGGACGCCGCGAUGUCUGCCGGCAUACAGCCUGCACAGAUUGAGGUCGACUCCUACGCAGCGGCCCUGUUUGGCUCUGUUGCCGAGCUCGUGGAAGGUUCAUCGUCGUCGUUGCCUGAAACUGCAGGAUUUAGCGAUGAUAAAAAAGUAGUGGAGGAGGAGAGUACGCGCAAGCUGCAGCUGUCCCUCGCUUGGGAUGAGCUGAAGGUUGCAAUUGAUUACGUGCUGCUGCCAAUGUUGCCUACAGCGCCCGGUCCUGACAUGCUGAAGCAGCUGCGGGAGGGGCUGCUGGUUCAGUCGUCUGCGGCGGCAGCGGUGCUGGAAGCGGCCAGCUGGCAGCACUUGUCAUCCCUGUGCACCUACGGCCUGCAGGUAGGCCCCGAGCUGCUGCCAGAGGACUGGUGGCCCAGGCUGCAAGCGGAACUGCGGCGGCGCACCACGUUGCCUGAACGGCCGCUUGAGCUUGCUUCGCUAUGCUAUGGGCUUGAGGUCACCGGGUGUAGAGCGCCGGCAGCGGCCCUGCUGGCGCUGCAGCAAGGGUUUGAUGCUUUGGCCGCGGAUGAGCGGGUGCAGCUGAGCGGCCAUGAGCAGCGUUGGGGUCGUGCAUUGCCGCUGCUCCAUCUGCUGUGGGUGUGUCACCGAAACAACUUCCUGGAGGCGGUACCCGAGCAUGUAUGGGAGGAGUUCUGCUGCGGCUCCAGCCCCGUGGGCUCGGUGCUGCCAUUGCUCCAGCCGUUGCAGUCGUUGGAACCGCUGGUGGCGGCGCUCGCGAUCUGCUACUGCCUACCAAUUGGCGACAUCAGCGGUGGCGGAAGUAGCAAUACCGGCGGCAGAAGGAGCGGCGGAAGUAGCAAUGUCCCGCUGUUGCAGCACUGCGUGGAGGUGCUGGUGGACCGGGCGCUGCCCGCACUGGUGACUUCCGACCAGCUGCUGCCGUUGGGGGACAUCCCGGUCUUCCUGGAGGCCCUGGAACGGAGGGCCGUGCCGCUACCGCAGCCGCACCUGCGAGCUAUCGUGGCGCGCCUGGAGGGACCAGCAGCCGCUGCAGCGCCCUCCGCGGCCGUGGAGGCCAAGGGCGCUUCAGAAGGCUCGGAUGGCUCAGCCCCUCCGUUGAAUGGGGAUGCCGCCACGCCUCUGACGCAGCUGGCCCAGCUGGGGCCUGUGCAGGCAGUUCGGGUCGUGACCUUGCUCUUGGCGACCAGGGACAUUGAGACAGUCUUACCUGUCCUUUCAGUUCUGAUGCCGUCCGCGGCGGACGACGUGCUAAGGGAGGUGCUGACUGAUCGGCUUGGACAGUCCGUGCUGAGCGCAGGGCUGGAAGCGGGCAUGUUCGCCGCAGCUGGCCUGGACACACCCGCCUCGCGUCCUGCUGCAUCCCUUGCCGUGCAAGUGUCCGCGGCGGCAAUGGCGUCCUUUGUCCACCAGGUACUCCGGCUUGAAGGGCUGCCGGUGUCGGCCGGAACACCUCACGGAACCGCACCGCGGAAUGCAGGAGGCGAGGGAAACCACCCGCAGGCGUCACCGUCGCAUCCGCAGCAGCAAGUAUCGCAGACAACCCUGGAGACCGUGCCGCCAGCGGAGCUUGCCAAGUUUGCACAGGCGCUCAUUGACGCUUCAGGUGCUCGUCCGCUGUCCACCCCCGCUGCGGCGGUGCUUAUGCGACUGUUCUUGAUCGAUGGCGUCGUCCGGCAGGUGCCCAACUCCUAUUUGGAGAGGGCGCUGUGCCACAGCCUCACCAUCACGGGCAGUCGCAGCCGGGGGAAGGAGGCCACUACCGCCGACCCGGUCUUGCCUCUUCCCAUGCCCGAUGGGGUGUGUUCGAUGCUGAUCGCACAGCUGAUGCCUGCAAUAAGAGUAAAGUUGGGGUUCAGCGAUUUGGUGUCAGGCCUGCAGCGCUGCGGUGCUAGCUCCGUACAGAUCCAGCGCGUGCUGCUGGCCGUGACAGAUGUUGAAAGCCUCACAGGAGAAGAGGUCCUGGUGCUGCUGCGGGCGCUAGUGGACUGCGGGGUGCGUGAGCAACUGGCGUUCACUCAGCAGCCACCCGUCGAGCCACCUCCAGAGGCCACCGGCAGCAGCAGAAGCAGCGGUGGCGAGGCAAGGUAUCCCACUUCAGGCGGGUCGUUCGUGGCGCUAAUCGUGCGACUGGUAAAGCAACUGCGCCGCACUGCGGCUUAUGAGCUGUCGGUGCGGGAACUUGCGGAGGUGCAGCGCCUGCUGGCGGUACUGUUGCGGCGACUGGAUGGGCUGAUGUGUGCUGACUUCUUAGAUGCUUUCUAUAUCGCCAACAGGGCAGUGCACAGCAAUCGGAUGCUGUCCGACGCAGAGAAGGACCCGGAUGCGUUGUUUGAGCUUCUGGAGUCAUCAUCUGCGUUGGGCAGUGCGCGUUUCAACAGGCUGUCUGCUAAGCUGCUGAUGUUGAGGAGUUCAGCCGCAUUUGCCUCGGAGAUAAGCACCUCACCUGAACUGGAAGCAGCUGAGACGGCAUCUCGGGUAUUUCAGGCCACUAUACUGGAGGCCCACGCCAGCGCAAUCGUGGUGUCUCAGAUGGGCGGAUACCUCAUUGAGCCACUAGAACUUGCCAAGUUGGCGCCCGUCCUCAUGAAGCUCAUGUUGGGCCAUGUGGAGGCAAUCCGGAGGGACGGCGAGGCCGUACCGGACCUGGACCAGGCCUACGAGUCUCGGGCGCGUCAGCAGCUCCUGAAGCCAAGGCGGCUGUCCCAGCGGCAGCUGGGUUUGCUGUUCGGGUUGUUGGUGUCCUGGGGCCCUUCGGACCCGAUUAUAGAGACAACGGACCUGUGGAAACCGUUGGGACCCGUGGCCUUGAUCCGCAUUCUGGCCGUUCACCAACUGGAUCAAGUAGCGAAGCGGUCGGAUGGCAGCACCGCCGUGGAGCAUCUCAACUUCGUGCUGGACGCCCUGGAGCCCUUCACUUGGACCCGAUUGGAUAGAGUUUGGCCAGACGAGAUUCAUGAGGGGCCCCCACCGUACACUGCCCUGCUGCUCGAACCCGUAGCACGUCUGCUGAGCGGUGGUGUCGAAAACGGAGAUCAGCCAGUCUUUGAAGGGCACGAUCCUUUGCAGGACGUGAUUUUCUUAAACAAGGUCGCCGACCUGGACGAGGAGAGCCUGAGGAAGCAGCUGUUCCUCUUGCAGCCCAAGAACAAUAGCUUAGCGGCGACGGCGGUCGAGGUGCCUGACGAUGAGAGGUCUGGCACAGGAGGACGCAUUGGGCCCGCCGUCGCUUUUGCAGAGGCCAAGACUAGGAUGCGCACCAAGGUUCAAGAAGCCGUCGUAGUGUUUGACUCGUGUCCUGUCAUGCAGCUUCCAGCCGAGCUGCUGCCGCCACCAGGACGACGUCAUGGCAUGCCUGGCGACCCCGCGGGUGAUGCUGCGCGGGAGGCGUACGUGCGCGCUGCGACGCCGUUGCUGGCGGUUAUUGGGCGGCUGCUGCGACUGUUGUUGAUGACGCGCACUUUCUCACAGAUGGUAACGCUCCUGCGGGGUUCAGGGCUGCCACUUGCCAUGAACGGCCGGUGGACUCGCGCCCUUGGGAACUUGCUGGUGGGGGACGAUCAUGAUCGUAUCAUGAACGAUCAUGAACGUAUGCAGGAGAUGAUGGAAGCUCAGGAUGCAGUCGCCAGGGCGCAGGCGGAGGCCGUGGCGGCAGAGGCGGCCAAGAAGGCGGCGGUAGAGGCAGCCCAGGCGCUGCGCAACCCAUGGGCUGCGUGGGCUGCGUUGAACGCCAUGUUGCCCUUGGGGGACACCACCCGGUUGGAACUUGCGAUGGGGCUGGAAAAGCAGUUUUUUGCAUCGCUUCAUGAAACUCCUGGCGGCACGAGCAACGAUGAGACCACCGAGGAGGCGGAAGACUGUGGUGCCGCUGCUGAGGGGCAGUUGUCAGGGCGUCAUGGUGUGGGCGGCAUAGAUGCAGGGAAUGUGGGGGGGGAGGCCGCGGUGGCUGCAGAUUCGCCGGAGGAGUCUCAGGCCGGGGUGGCAGAAGCACCAGCACCGUCACCACCAGAGACAACCGCUUUCAACCCUUUCGACGUGACAUCUGCAUUUAAGCAGAAGUUGAGCGAUCUGGGGUACAAGGUCAACUAA